AUGGCCUGUGGGUCCGCAGCUUCGGGACGAACUCGCCGAUUUAUCCAGUCCUCCCCCACCAAAGCAGCCAAGGCAAUCGAAGAAUUGAGGCAACUCCAUAAACCGGGACAGCUGCUCCGCUACGCCCUGGCUCAUGAAGCCGAUGACUUGGCCGUGCUCGAGCUGGUCCUCCGUCGGCUGGGGGGCCUCAUGCGCGAGCCUCGGCCAUCGGGCAAGAAGGCUUGGACACGAAAGCGGCUGAGCACCGACGGCAGAUUCCACGUUCUGAUGAACACCCUAAGCAGCCGACUGGACGAGUGCAACUCCCGCACGCUGGCGCUGCUUGCCGAUGCUGUCGUUCGACUGGAGGUGAGUUCGCCCGAAGUGGCAGACCUCAGUGAGCGCAUCGCAGAGGUGGCCACGCACCGUCACAAUGCGAUUAGCCCGCAGGACCUCUCCAUACUGGCCGUCGCGCUCGCGGCCCUGCGCGUUCGUGGACCUCCUACGGAGCAGACAGCAGGCCACCUGGGAUCCGCGGUGGCCUUCGUCCGCAGUGAAGCCAUGCGGCAGCUCCAGGAUUUUCGCUUCGGUUCCUGCGUGCACCUCCUUGAGGCCUUCCUGCGCUGGGGAGUCGUUGAUGCAGAGCUGACGAACAUGGUCUUUGCACGAGUGGAGGACAUCUUGGAGGAGGAGGUGUCAACGCGCGAUGUCGAGGGCCUCUUGCAGGUCUUGGCAAAGCUCGGCCAGCCCCGUGUGGUCAUUAUCCGCAAGCUUUGCCAGCUCACUUUCAGCAGUCUCUGGUCUUUUGCGCCAUCGCAGCUGGUGUCCAUCAGCCACUCGCUCGCACGACUGCGCUUCUUAGAGCAGCGCGACGUGGAUGAGCUCCUCGGGGCCCUGGCGCCGCAGCUCGGGAGGCUCCGGAAAAGCGACACGGCGAGGCUCCUCUUCGCCUUGGCCCUGAGCGGGGCGACGUCACCUCCGGAAAUCUUCGGGGUCCUCGCAGCACAGUAUGCAGCCGACCCCGAAGUUCUGGACCCGAAGGAGGACAUUGACAUGGCAUGGGCCCUGUGCGCACUGGAGCUGUCGGAGAAGUACAGAAACGUGCUCGAGAGAAUCCUGCAGCGCUGCUCCGAAACUCCCCCGCAGUCGACCGUGGCCCUCAUCAAGCUCCAUGACGUCCUUGCGUCCGAAAGUACGGCCAACGCCCAGCUAUGCGAGGCCGCGGCUGAAGCGGCCCGGACAGAGGCCAAGAGGCUGUCGAAUUCUUUGCAGCAUCAACAGGUGACUCGGGUCCUGUCGCCUCCGGGACGUUCCGGGCCUCCGGGCUUGGAGUCUCCGACGUUGCAAGCAGCCGUGGGCCCCUUUCUGGUCGACUUCUUCCUCGAGCAGUCUUCUCUGGUGAUCGACCUUGACCUCGUGUCUUGGCCCAUCUCACGCCGUGUCCGCCACCGCCUCCUCCGCAAGUUGGGCUACCGGACUGUCCUGGUCUCGCCCUGGGAUCUCAAGAAUCUGCGCACCGACGCCGACCUUCUGGGAUUCCCGCCGGCAGCGUAG